GUGAACAAAUCAGAAGGCACGUCUGGGGCUGGAGAAUUAGGGGGACGUUGGGAAGAGAGAGUCAGUUCGCAGUCAUUGGAAGCUCACAAACCUGCUCAGCCUCAGCAGCCACACUGUGAGCUGUCAAUGCUUCUCAGCUCUGGGUCUCAGCCACUUCAGCCUCCAAACCAAACCAAACCAAACCGAAUCCAGCAGUGAUGUACUGAAAGACUGGGGAAAGGAGUGUGUGCUUGUUUUUUUUCUCUCUCUGGCUUUUUUUUUUGUAUAUUCCCUCUUUGCAGACUACAAAGUGAGUGUGGAGGAAGGUUUGGGACCAUGGAUGUUUUCAUGAAAGGGCUUUCCAAAGCGAAAGAUGGGGUUGUGGCAGCUGCUGAAAAGACCAAGCAGGGAGUGGCAGAGGCAGCAGGAAAGACAAAAGAUGGAGUGAUGUACAUGGGUUCCAAGACGAAGGAAGGUGUAUAUCAUGGAGUUUCCUCAGUGGCCGAGAAGACCAAAGAGCAGGCAUCUCUGGUUGGAGGAGCCGUGGUGACCGGAAUGUCUGCCGUCGCCCAGAAGACAGUGGAAGGAGCUGGGAAUAUAGCGGCAGCAACGGGCCUAGUCAAGAAGGAGCAAUUGGUGAAACAGGAUGAAGAUCUGUUCCCUCAGGAAGGAAUGAUUGACAACACGGACGUGUUGCAAAUAGAUCCCGAAGCUGAGACCUACGAAGCAACUACUGAGGAUGAAUAUCAAGACUAUGGACCCGAAGCGUGAGUAUCACUCGAAGUAUCACGGACUAUUACCAAGAGCUCCUCCACUUUCCUCCUCCUCCUCCUCCCCGUGGAAGUGCUACGUUGAGACGUUAGUUAGUUGUGAAGCUUUUUUUUUAAUGAUUUAUUUUUUAUAGUGUACUUUGAAGUCUUCCAUCAGUUGUACUCGGGAGUCUUUGUGGCUUUGACCAGGCCUAAUUCCAGUGGUUUCUCUCCCGCUGAAAUAAGUGCUGUUGGAGCAGGACAGCUUCUGUUCUGCGGACCCCGGGUUUGUUUGAGGUUCAGCGGUUGCAAAACUGCCUAUCUGUCCGCUGCUUUACUCUUGCUCUGUGUGUGUGUGUGUGUGUGUGCGUGCGUGUGUGUGCGCGCGCGCGCGCGUAUGUGUGUAUCAAACAAAAAAGUCUCUAUGUAAUUCGUGUGUGAUGUAUCUGACGUGUGUUUUCUGUGUAUGGUGGUUCUGUUUGACCAGGAUUUUGUUGUGAGUACUGUACAGUAUAUGAAAUGGUCAGCAUGGAGCUACGCACAUUAUAAAUAUAUGGCAACGAUGAGAAUCAGUAUGUGCUGGUGGUUUUGAUUAGUGUAUUGCAAAUAUCUGGUGUUUCUGUGAAACCAAAUAAACAGAAAAUACGAACCUA